UUUGUUUUCUAAAUCUUUUUCGCAUUGCUCCUUUUCAUAUUGGAAAAAAUACAUUAAAUUUUUAAUUUUUUAUUUGUUCGACCCAACGAUGGAUCUCACCAACUCAUCAAGGCGUAAUUCACACCCGAAUCGAUUGCAACCGGCCCGCUCAGUGAGUCUCGAUGACGAUGACAUUCAAAGCAACAACUCAUCUAGUUCCUUCAACAUUCUGCUUGCCGCCGCCUCAGACUCAGAAUCACAAUCGUCGCCAAUCAGUGUGCGUGACAUGAUCAAACGCUAUGACACAGUCGCCAAAUUGAGCAGCAAAGGUGGCGCACGCAUCCAGGCGCCGCCGCAAAAACCACAACAACUGCAGCAUGGCUUAGUCGCCAUGAAGUCAGCAUACUCUGGCGUGAAUAAAUUCGACACACAAACCGCAACACAACGUCGGUACCCAUUGCGUCAGUAUGUGGCACCAAUGCAGGAGAACACGGGCAGCAAGGCAACGCAAACACACCACAGAAGCGGAAUGCAGAAUGGUGACCACAACAACAACAACAACAACAACAACACUAAAGUGAAAAGCAAUGAUAAGUUUAGUGACAACAGCAGUGUGGCAAGAAAUAUUGAUGCGGCUUUGAAAUACUUUUGCAUUCUGCCAGAACGCCAUGUCUCUUUGAGUGACAGCGAAAAUAUUUACAUAGCCGAUCACAGCCGGCGCAGAUCUAGAUCGCCAGAUCGUAAUAUAAAUGAUGUUUCAUGCAGCUUGCAAGCGGUUACAUCAGACGCGAACAAUAGCCCAGAGGCAACCGAUGGCAUUGAGGAGGCUAAUCUGCAACCAAUAGAGACUUCGUAUCAGAGCAAAACAACGAUUGCCAAGACUGCUGGUGGCGUGCGCAUCAUUAUUGACAUCUUUUUCGAUCAGGAACACCAGCCGGCCUCGGCCACCGAUGUAGUGGGCAGCCGCGUUGAGACGGAUCUACCACACAGCCGAAUACUCAACGAAUUUCAGCAACAAGCAGCGGCUGCACAAAUAGCUCGUAACUGA